CAUCUGCAUUCCAUGUCAAACACUUUUGGUUAUUGAUGCCUUUUGGUAAACAAAGAGCAGGCAUCACAUACAAAAUGCUGGAAGAACUCAGCAGGCCAGACAGCAUGUAUGUAAAGGAGUAACAGUUGACGUUUCAGGCCGAGACCCUUCAUCAGGACUGUAAAAAUAAAUGAGAGGUCAGAGUGAGAAGGUGGGGGAAGGGGAGGCGGAAGUACAAGGCGGUAGGUGAUGGGUGAAACGGAAAAAGCUGGUAGGUUGAAUGGUGAAAGAGAUAGACGGUUGGAGAAGGGGCAUUCUGAUAGGAGAGGGUAGAAGACCAUGGAAGAAAGGGAAGGGGAGGAGCACCAGAGGGAGGCGAUGGGCAAGUGAAGAGAUAACGUAAGAGAGGGAAACGGAAAGGAGUCGGAUGCUGUCGGAGAGAGGCCACCUAUCUUCUCUCAAACGGUCAAGUGUUCGUGAAGAACUUUGCAUCUGUCUCUUGCUGCAUUUAGUUUCUCCACCAUUAGACAUGAACAUUGAAGACAACUAGUGAAGAGUACUGUUUGUCUCUUGCUUCAGUGAGAGAGUUGGCCCUUGGUGGGAAGUCCAGUCGUACUUUAAAAAGUGGACAAGGCACAUCCUGAAAGAUGUUUCAUUUUAUGUGGAAAGUGGACAACUUAUGGGAAUUUUAGGAAAUUCUGGGUCUGGAAAGACUACCCUGCUGGAUGCAAUUGCAGGAAGAUUACGUGGGCCAGCAAACCUAAUUGGUGAUGUAUAUGUGAAUGGAUGCAAACUUAAGAAGGAAGAUUUUCACAACUAUUUUUCCUAUGUUUUACAGAGUGACAAUUUACUCAGUUACCUUACAGUGGAGGAAACACUGACAUACAUUGCUUUGCUCACACUUUGUGGAGAUACCAAUGCCAUCAAAGAGAAGGUGAAAUCUGUCAUGUUAGAGCUUAGCCUAAAUCAUGUAGCUAAUCAGGUGAUUGGUGGCCGUGUGUUUCGAGGAAUUUCAGGUGGUGAAAGACGUCGGGUCUCUAUUGCUGCACAACUUCUCCAAGAUCCAAAAGUCAUCUUACUUGAUGAGCCAACCACAGGUCUGGAUAGUAUGACGUCCAACCAGAUUAUUCAUUUACUCUCAGAACUAGCUCACAAAAAUCGAAUAGUUAUCCUGUCAAUUCAUCAACCUAGGUCAGAACUUUUCAAGUUAUUUGACAGAAUUGCAAUAAUGAGUUGUGGAGAGUUGGUGUUCUGUGGUGGAACCGAAGAUAUAGUAGAAUUUUUUGCAAGUUGUGGCUAUCAGUGUCCUGAAUAUUGCAAUCCUUUUGAUUUAUAUGUGGACCUGACAUCUGUUGACACCAGAAGCAAGGAGAGAGAAAUUGAGACUUACAGCAGAGUCCAAGAAAUUUCAACAUCCUAUCAAAAUUCAAGGAUAUUUAAUGACGCUCUGCAGCUUAUUGAUGCUGCAAAGAAAACAAAACAGUUGACAUCCAUUCGUUUCAAGAACACCGCUUCUCCAAGCAUACUCUUCAAACUCUGGAUACUGAUCAGGCGAAUUGUGAGAAAUUUAUCAAGAAACAAGACUGGGAUAUUAAUGCGCCUCUCCCAAAACCUGCUGUAUGGCUUGUUUAUUGUGUUCUUCUUGAUGAGGUUGAACAAUGAUGCAUCAACAGGUGCUGUGCAGGACCGAAUUGGAAUCAUCUACCAAAGCAUAGGUGCCUCUCCAUAUACUGGGAUGCUGAAUGCUGUUGCUUUAUACCCUUCAUUACGUUCAAUCAGUGACCAGGAAAGCUCAGAUGGUAUUUAUCAGAGGUGGUUGAUGUUGAUGGCCUACAUUAUUCACAUCCUUCCUUUCAGCAUCAUUAGUGUGGCUAUUUACAGCACUUUUGUCUACUGGACUCUGGGAAUGUUUCCAGUGUGGGAGCGAUUCGGAUGUUUUCUUGCUGUACUCAUUGUUCCACAUCUAGUUGGUGAACUUCUGACACUCAUCUUACUUGGUGUUGUUCAGAAUCCCUAUAUAGUUAAUAGUGCUGUGGCUUUGAUUAAUGUAGCAGGAAUUCUGGUGGGAUCAGGUUUCCUAAGGAGUGCAGAAGAAAUGCCUGAACUGUUUCGCUGGCUGAGUUACCUCACGUUUCAGAAAUAUGGUGUGGAAGUCCUGAUGGUUAAUGAGUUUUAUGGUCUAAAUUUUACAUGCGGCAAUGGUGCACAGACAUCUCCUAACACCACAAGUGCUUCUUGCUGGCUUACCCAAGGGGUUCAAUAUCUUGAUGUUACAUAUCCAGGGGCACCUUCCAGAUUCGUCUUUGAUUUUCUGAUGCUGUAUGCCUUCUUGCCUGCUCUAGUUAUCUUCGGCAUUAUUAGUUUUAAGAUUCGAGAUUGGAUACAAUGGUAAUGAGAACAAUGAUCAGGAACUUGUAAUGCACUCUCUCUUCAAAAGAUGAGAGGAAAGAUGUUCAAAUUUAAAGUUAUCUUUUCAUGUGGUCAGUGCCUCUUUACACCUUGCCUGCUGAUUACAGUUCUUCCCCACAUUUCAUCAGUGCUAUGAGUGAAAAUUUUAAUGCAGCUAGCACCACAACCAAGGCAAAGUCAAUCCCUUUCUCAAUUCUGCAUUGAAUGGUCGGAUGAAGAUAAUGCAAGAAUCCUGACAGAUACCUUUCCUUCUCUUGAGAGUAAAUUUUACCUAAAGUGCUGCUUUAGGUAAUAUCUAGAAUGCAGAUAUGUAAUAUUCCGGUCCUAUGUUUUCAAUGAUCUUUCAAUGAUCCUGUUGUAGUUACUAGUUUGUAAAUUUUGAUGAGUAUGCCCACAGGAAAAUGAAUCUCAGGGUUGUAUAUGGUGGCACUUUGGUAUACGGUGCACUUUGGUAAUAAAUUUACUUUGAACUUUAAUGGAACUUUCCUAACUAUGAGGGGGAGAAGGAAAGCAGAGAGGUUUAACAAUUUAUUUGAUCUUUAGCCACAUUCAUGAAUCUGGGACUAUUUUAAGUAAAAAGCAAUCAGGUUGAAUUUUGAUAAGAGCAUGCUAAGAAAAAUUUGAAUGUUUAUUGAAGCAGCCAGAUAUGAUAGUAGACUGGUCACGGAGAAAUUGCAUGGUAGAAAUAGACUGGGUGGAGAGACAUUUGCACCAUAAAAUGUUAAGUUAAAGUGCACAAUGUUUGUGUAAGGUAUUUCCAUUCCUAUCCAUAUACUUCAACAUAUGCCUGAUAUAUUAGCUAAGAUUAAAAUAUUUUAGUCAAUUUGUAUCAGUGUACCAAUUUUCAUACACAUUUUCAAACAAGAAAAACAACAAAGGCACAGUUAUCCACUAUUUCUAAAUGUGACCCAUGACACUGGAUGGCUUUUCGUUAUCACAGACAUAAAAAUACUAUUUGGACAUCCUAUAAAGAUUGGUCAUUUUGCUUUCAGUCUAAGUUUUUGUGGUGUUUGCUGAUUUUUAAUUGUUGGUACCACAUUCACAGAAUAAGUUAUUUUGAAAAUAAGUUUCUGAACAAAACAAAGCUAAACUUGAUCUUUUUGUUCCAGUUCUAUAGCAAUGAAAUAAGAAAUUGUAGAGUUGUA